AUGGAGGAAUAUACUGUUAACCAAGUGGCCGAGCACAACAAACCACACGACGCGUGGUUAAUAAUCCACGGCAACGUUUAUGAUGUCACUAAAUAUAUAAGAGAUCAUCCUGGUGGCGCAGACGUCUUGGUUGAGGCAGCUGGCCUUGACGCCAGUGAAGACUUUGACAAUGCUGGACACUCAGAAGAUGCAUUUGAGAUCAUGGAGGAUCUUUGCGUUGGCAAGGUCAAGGGCUUCGAGAAGAAGAAGCCCAAGCUGAAGCCACUCGCCCCUAUCACAACACCCAAGCCCGUCGCUGCAAAGUCUUCUUCCCUGUCAGUGUUGGCAAACAUCAGUUUUGUUCUCGCCGCGGGCGUCGGUGCAUACUAUUUUGGUCGUCGUCAAGAACUUGGUGUGCCGAACUGGGUGCUUGCUUCUUUGAGAAAUGACUCUACUGGCUCAAGCUUCAUCAAAGGCGUGAUCGUCGGGAGUGGAUCUCUUGCCAUCACAAACGCAGUACUUGCUCAGAGUUUCACUACUUCAGCUAUGAAGAGCAAGCCUUUCACAAGCUAUCCUGCGCACAUGAAGGUUCCAAAGCGAACUCAGCAAGACACCCUCCUCCAGAGAGGGCUGUUAGACCCUAUUGCCUAUUCUCCCCUCCCUCUGGUAAAAAAGACUAAAGUCACGCCAAACGUCCUUCGCUUGACCUUCAGUCUACCUACAGCCAGCACGGUGCUCGGCUUGCCUAUCGGGCAGCACGUCACAAUCAAGGCCGAUGUACAGGGAGAAACUGUCGCUCGUUCAUACACGCCUGUCUCAAACAACUCCGACCUUGGCAUCCUUGAGCUGGUUAUCAAAGUGUACCCAGACGGGAAGUUGACUAACAAUUAUCUAGCCCACCUUGAGAUUGGAGACGAGGUUCUUUUUCGAGGCCCCAAGGGAGCGAUGAAGUAUCAACCCAACAUUUGCAAGAAAAUUGGGUUGAUUGCUGGCGGCACGGGUAUCACACCCAUGUUCCAAGUCAUUCGCGCCGUCUGCGAGCAUGACCGUGACACGACAGAGAUUUCUCUGAUCUACGCAAAUAGGACAGAGCAGGAUAUUCUUUUGCGGGAGGAACUAGACAGGUUUGCCAGACGGUACCCAAAGAACUUCAAAGUGUAUUACGUAUUAGAUGAACCGCCUAGCGAUUGGGAGUAUGGCUCAGGCUAUAUCACGCAGGAAUUGAUGAAGGAGAAAAUGCCUGCUCCUAGUAUGGACUCCAAGGUAUUCUUAUGUGGUCCGCCAGGGAUGGUAAAUGCAUCUAAGAAGGGACUUGUUGACUUGGGCUAUCAGCAACCUGGAGCUUCGGCAAAGAUGUCGGAUCAGAUCUUUGUAUUUUAA